AUGGACGCCAACAUGAACAACCUGCUCAAAUGGAGCAUCAAAGCUUCGACCGAGAACCGCGCCGACGAAGGUGACAACAACGGGGCUGUUGCUGCUGCUGAUGGUACCCCGCAGCCCUCCAGCGCCGCUUCGCGUGGUCUCAAUCCCGAGAUGCUUUCCGCGCUCUUCGGCGGUCCCACCGACGCCGACCUGAUGAAAGCGUCUAUGGAGGCUCUGCGCUCCGAUGAGGUGGAUCUCGAGAACAAGCUGAUCGCGUUCGACAACUUCGAGCAGCUGAUUGAGGGCAUUGAUAAUGCCAAUAACCUGGAGCCCUUGGGCCUGUGGACUCCUUUGGUGGAGUUGCUGCAGCACGAGGAGGCAGAGAUGAGACGCAUGGCCGCCUGGUGUAUUGGAACUGCGGUGCAGAAUAAUGAGAAGGCACAGGAUAAGCUCGUCGUUCUCAACGCCCUUCCGAAGCUUGUGACGAUCUCCACCACCGAUUCUACCCCCAAUGUUCGCAAGAAAGCCAUCUACGCCAUCUCCUCCGCGGUCCGCAACUACCAACCUGCCAUGGAUGAAGUGACCAAGAGCCUGCCUGAGGGAUACUCUCGCGACAAGAUCGACGCUGGCGACAUGGAUGCUGUGGAUGCGCUCAUGGACAAGCUGCGUGCUCACCAGGUUGAGUCUGCUUGA